CCCUUCUCAUUACAGAGAUGCACAUCACCUAAUAUGCUUAAUUGAUAGUAGGCUUUCGAGCCUAUACAGCUAUUUGCCUAAUAAUUCUGCACUCCCUGUACAGUGCAUUGCAGUUUGGGCGCUGCAUAGUUGUCUUACCCUCACCCCAACUGGUCGUAGUCAAUUGUUCCUCCUCCCUGAACCUGGUUCUGCAGCAGAUGUCUUCCUGUUAAAAGGGAGUUUUUUUUUCUUCCCACUGUCACAGAGUGCUUACUUAUAGGGAGUUGACUGAUUGUUGGGGUUUUUGUGUUAUACAAAUAACAUUGAAUUACUGCAUACCAGUCGGGGUGUCCAUGCUUAUCCCUGGCCAUGUGGACAAUGGGUAUGUGAAGAUCGUAUCAACUACCUAGUAUUGUUGUAGACCAUGAACACCCAUUCAUGGAAAUGGUAUUCUCUGAUGUGUGUAGUUUCUCAAUCAUCCAGGCAUGUUAGUUUAAGGAGUUUGGAAAGAAAGUAACUGGACCUCUUUACCUUUUGUGAAGAAACCUUAAGAAGCCUGUGGCCUCUCUGUGUGGGGUAAUGUGCCCCACCAAAAGCAAAAAUGCUUGCAGGGAGCACAGCAAGAAUUUUGAGGUGUUGACUUGCACUCCGAAUCCCCCAGAUAUAAGUCCAGUCGAGCAUCUGUGGGAUGUGUCGGACAAACAAGUCCAUACCACAGUACACCUUCAGGGGUCUGGAGUCCAUCCCUUGAACAGUCAGGGCUGUUUUUGCAGCAAAAGGGUAGCCAACACAAUAUUAGGCAGAUGGUCAUAGUUUUAUGCUUGGUCAGUUUGUGUACAUAUGUAUAUUAUAAAUUUAUAUAUUGUGUUAGUGCUGGUGAGGUGAUAAAUAUUAAUUGUAGAUCCAGAUUCUUCAGUUUUUUCACUUGACAGUGUUGUUACAGAAAAAAUAUUUUUCUGUGGGUACUUGGCUUUUUUUAUAGCCAAGAUUUUAUUAUUUUAUUGUCUAAUAAAGAGUCUUUAAUCUCUUUAAAGAAAAUUAAAAGCUUGACAGUUACAAGACCAAAAACAAUGUGCCUUUAUGGAUUUGAGGUCACCUUAUGUUGUAAUACUUUUCAUAAAAAAUAAGCUUCCAUAUGGACCUCUUCUGUUGAUUUAUUUAUCCUGAUUUAUUUAGUUCUGUUCCUUAUUGUUGUGGGUUCUUUAUUCUUAAAAUUUAAAUAAAAAUUUCUGUAAAACGUGACAAUUUUUUUCUGAAGUGUCAUUUCUAAAAUAUGAAGCUUUGGUUGCGCCUGUCAUUAUUUUAUAUGUAUUUUGAAACUGAGGUUUUGAUUAUUUGAGGAAACAUGCUUCUGUGUGUAUUACUGUUCCUGAGCUGCUCUGGCUGCAGAGCGUUGCUGCUUCAUUGAAGAUAUUUGUGUAGAGUAGCUGCAGAUUGACAGUUCAUACAGCAUAAAAAUACACUGCUCAGAUAUUAAAGGAACACUUUUUAAUCAGAGUAUAGCAUCAAAUCAGUUAAACCUCUGGGGUAUUUAUCUGGUUAGUUAAGUAGUAGAAGGGGUUGCUAAUUAGUUUCAGCUGCUUUGGUGUUAAUGAAAUUAACAACAUCUAGAAGGGCAACAAUGACACAACCCCUGAAACAGGAAUAGUUUUACAAAAGGAGCCACUGACAUUUUUCCCCUCCUCAUCUUUUCUAGAGUUUUGCAUUUGCCAGUGUCACUACUGGUAGCACGAGCGGAUACUUGGACCAUACAGAGUUUCCACAGGUAGCCUGAGUCCUCCUGGAUGGCACAUCAAUAUGUGCAAUUACCAGAAGCUUUGCUGUGUUUGCCAAACGCAUUCUCAAGAGCAUGGAGGAGGUUCUGGGAGACAGGCACUGUAGGAGAGCUGAGUAUGGCAUAGAAGGUCCUUAUUCCAUCAGCAGUACUGAUAUCUGCUCCUUUGUGCAAGGAGGAACAGGAUGAUACAAAAUAACCUAAAUCAGGCCACUGGUGUGAAUGUCAGUGAGCAAAUGAUCACAGACUUAAUUAUAUAUUUAUGCGGUCAGUUUUAGCGACAUAACAAUAUAAAAGAUGGAUGUAGCCACCAUGAGGAUUUGGCAGGUAGGGGAAAUUAUAGUUCUAGUGCAAAGGUGCAUGGGGAAAUUACUUACAAAUAAGUCACCUAAUAUUUUUUAUUGUGAGUUUUUAGUAUUUAAAGCUAGAGGGGGGAAAAAAGAAACUAGUUUGUGAAACUAUGCUAAGAACACACACCUUCAAUCAAAGAUGUCCAACCUUUCCUUCAUCCUGGAGAGCAACUGUGGAUCACACCCACAUCCUCUGCAGGGACUGUUGUCGAUUAAGCACUUACACCAUGCACAUGAGAAAUGUAACUCCAGCGCUAAAUAACAUAAGAGCUUCAGGCAAAGAGAGAAAAAGCAGUGUUACAUGUUGUGGCUCCUGUGAGCAAACUGACUCACUGUGUCACACACAGAUAUUUAAACCUCUCUUUAUUGAUGAUGUAUAAGCUGCUGAAGGCUCAGUGAAGUUUUUUUUACAUCUUUUUCUGCUAAGUUAACUGAAGUCUGAUGAUGCACAGCACACGAGGGCGCCGUCAUCAUGCUAACAAGGAUGUAGAGGAGGUUAAAGCACCUCAGCUGAGCUUGUCCACAUAUUUUUAGGAUGAUACAACUCUUUGUCACAGCACACUGUGUCCCAUCAAAGUAAUUUAGUUUGAAGCUGCAUCACAUUCCUUCAGCUUCAGCACAGAGUGUUAAAAACAGAACAAACAGCAGGUUCAAAGCACCAGCACGGUCUUUGUUUUUUUCAGUAAUGUGUGUCAAUUUUCUGCCAUCGCUGCUAGGCAACAGGACCAGCGCGACGUAAGAGAUAUAAAAACGCUGAGUGCGGCCUUCACGGCCUGAAAGGAUGCAGCUGCUGAGGUGGGACAAAAGCUUUGUGCAGUUCAAGGACUCUGAUGGAUGGUGUUUUAUGCGCGGUAGACGGUUAGCUUGAAGAGCCUGUUUUGGUGGUAUGAGAGAAAUAUUUCAGUUGUCCGAGCAGCACUGCCUUUAAUUCAGUGUCCGAGCGAUUAACUGCUGAAAAAAUCUGCUCAGAGGCUAAAAACACGAUCGUACAGUAUGAAGAGGAGAUCAGCCUCAUACGCGGACUGCCAGCUAUCAGCCGAAGACUCGGGAUAAAGUCACAGAUAACAGACCUCUAAUAGCAGCAUGAAGGGUAAGGAGGAGGAAGGUCUGGAUGACCAGCAGGUCUGGAUCCAGCAGGAAAACUCCAGUCUGGACCAGGAGGACCCAGAGGCCCCACGGAUAAAAGAGGAACAGGAAGAAAUCUCCACCAAUCAGGGAGAGGGAGAGCAGCUUAAACUGAAGGAGGAGGCCGAAAGUGAGGAUGAACAACUCAAACUCAGUGAUGAUAUGUGGAAACCUGAAAUAAACUUACACAGCACAGAUUUUCCAUAUCAACAUGUCUGUAAGGAUGAAGAGGAUUUCACAGACCAGCAGAUGGAUAACAAGGAGAAGAGCCACAUUAUGAACCAGGAGGAUCCAGGGACUCUGCAGAUUAAAGAAGAACACGAGGAACUCUACACCAGCAAGGAGGGAGAGCAGCUCGUAUUGAAGCAGGAGACUGAAACCUUUCUUGUAACUCUUGGUUAUGAUGGAGGUGACCACAGUGAUUCAGAGCCACACAGUGAUCAGCUCCUUUCUCACAGCUCUCCUGAACCAGAGAGUCAAGAUCAGGAAAAAAGUAAGCACAUCAACUCAGAAUCAACUCGAUAUGUGGAGCUGAAUAAGAAGACAUAUGACACGAAUAACAGUAACAGAGUGGAAAAUUCUCCAUUGUCAGAGACUCAGUGUAAAUCUGAAAUAAGUAAAAAGUCUGCAAAAUGUGAGAUUUGUGGAAAAACCUUUCAUGAUAAAUCCAACCUAACGAGACAUCUGAGAUCACACACAGGUGAGAAACCUUAUUCUUGUACCACCUGCGGGAAAGGAUUCAGUAGGAAAUCAGGAUUGGAGACUCACGUAAGAAUCCACACAGAUGAGAAGCCAUAUUGUUGUAACACUUGUGGAAAAAGAUGUAGUCAGAUGAUACAUUUGAAAAAUCACAUUAGAAUCCACACAGGUGAGAAACCAUAUUCUUGUAAUACCUGCGGAAAAAGUUUCAGUCAGCUAAUUAACCUUAAAACUCACAUGAGAAUUCACACAGGUGAGAAGCCAUAUUCUUGUACCAUCUGUGGAAAAGAGUUUUGUGCUUUGUCAGCAUUCAACAGACAUAUGCGAAUUCACACAGAUGAUAAGCCACAUUGUUGUAGCACCUGUGGGAAAAGAUUUAGAGACCAAUCGACAUUCAAAAAACACAUGACAAUUCAUACAGGUGAUAAGCCUUAUUCUUGCAUCACCUGUGGAAAAAGAUUUGGUCAUAAACCAACAAUGGAAAGACAUCAGAGAAGUCACACAGGUGAGAAACUACAUUCUUGUAGUACCUGUGGAAAAGGAUUCAGUCAGAUGAUAAACUUGAAAAUUCAUAUGAGAAUUCACACAGGUGAGAAGCCACAUUGUUGUAGCACCUGUGGGAAAAGAUUCAUUCAGAUGAUACACUUGAAAAGACACAUGAGAUUUCACACAAGUUGAAAAUUUCACAUAAAAUCUGGAAUAGCUGUUAGUUGUAAAAGUGGGUUUAUGACAGGGCCAAUACAGGCAAGCAGGCAAAUUACUCAAAAGGUUGAUUCUGUUCAUCUGGACGUAGCGUUUUCAGUGGAAGAAACCAUCUGUCACUCAUCACUACUCAUCAGAGAGUAAAAUGAGAAUUUUUAAAAAUGAGGAUGAGAGGAGAUAUUUAUCUCAUAUUUGGAAAGUUCUUCUGCAGUGGGAAUUAUUAUUAUUAUUAUUAUUAUUAUUAUUAUUAUUAUUAUUAUUAAUAAUAAUAAUAAUAAUAAUAAUAAUAAUAAUAACAAUAAUAAUAAUGUGUCUGAAUAGCAUAUAUAAUAAGAUAUGAUAUAAAAUCCUGGAAAGGUAUAUGCCUGGACACGGGAGAGAAGAGUCUGCCUGUUAGUUGAAACCAGGAUUCUGAAGGAACGAUGCGGAUUUCUUCCUGAUCGUGGAAAAGUGGAUUGGCUCUUGAUUUUCUUGAAGAUAUUUAAAGAUGUGUGGAAGUUUACCAACCAGUCUUGUGGAGUUGAAGGAGACAUUUUCACAUUUUCCCUUGGAACCCUGUUUUGGAUGGAAAAGACUGAGAAUAUAUUUAAAAAAUAUAUCACCAUCCUGUCCACUACCCCACGUUUUUCCCAACUAUUGUUAGAACAUUCCUUGAAAAAGUUGUAGUGUGUUAGUGCUUAAGUCUGUGAAUCUCUUGUGUGAAAUUAAAUAUCCUUAUGCAUUAUCUUGCUUCUGGCUCUGUCCUUAGUCCUCUUCGGAAACUGAUUAUCUCAUCGUUAGCCUUACUGGUAUUGAGUUGUAAAAUUUAGACAAAGUUUCCUUUUUAAAGAAUCAAUGUUUUGUUGGAGACAAACAGAGGCAGAACUAAACUUAACAAAAAGCGAGCCUUUUAUUGUGACUGAUUACAAGCAUAAACCAAACAAGAAAACCAACUAGACAAGAAACUAAUCAUAAAGCCUAAAGUGGGAAAAUUAACACAUGAAAACCUGGAACACUUGGAAAUACCUUGAAAACACAGGAACACGAAAGAGGAUUAACUGGUGGUCUGACAAAAGGCUGAGGAAGACGGAGACAAUGUAUACACUAAAGGGUGAUGAGGAAAGUGGAAACACAAAGGAUGAAGUGAAGAUUGAGGAUGAAACGCAAAGGGGAGGAACGUGGGAGGGCGAGGGAGCCAGAAACAUGGAGAGAGACACAAAUACGAAAACAAACAUGAGACAGAGGGAAUAAACAUAGACAUGACAUGGGAAACAUACAUAGAGGACAUGACAGAAUCUCACAAGAGACACAAGGAUGAGACAAAGACAAGACAACAGAAGUAGAAAUACAAAAAACUCAGACAUAAAAGAUUUGGACUCAAGACCAAACUGUAUAAACUUGAACUUAAAACAUCUUCAUAAAGCUGAAUACUGAAUACAAAAUAAGACUCAAAUACUGAGUCAAAGACCUAGUACCCCGAUAGUUCGUAAUUUUCAUGGGCAGAUAAAUCAAAUUUCAAGAGCAGAGAUGCUACCCUAAGCACACAAUUUAGCCAAGAACCUGUUAAAGAUUAUUACAGAAGUUGUGAUCAGCUUGACCAUAGAAAGAAAAAACAUAUUCUGACAUGUUUCAUGUUUCUCUUCCUUCGUGAACAUAAAGAUGAAGUUAGAAAAUUCUUUCAUUGCUUCAAUUCAAAAAUGAAGAAGGUUUUUGUGGCAGUAAAUGUGUUUGCUUUAUGAAAAACAUAGUUUUAUUUAAUUGUGAAUCAUUGGUUAAAUUUAGAAGUUUGGGACUCGAAUCUGUGUUUAAGUGAAACAUGAUAUUUUUUAAUGUUCUUUGUCAUAUGCCUCAAAUGUAAAACACUUGGGGUUAUCUCAGAUUUUAAAUGUGCUAUAUUGUAGCAGUUUUGGUGAAGAAGUGAAGAAGACUGGACUCCAAGCUGCUCCUGCUUAUCACUGCUAUGCUGAAGCAUAGACUUGACCCAAUAAAUGAACCCCAUUUUAUUUUAAUCUUUACUUGGUCUUAGACUGUUAGACCACUGACACCACUAAGGCUGCAGCUGUAAGGAUGAAAACUAAAACUAUCUUUCUUCUUUUGCAAAACUCAGCUCUUCUGCUGCUAGUAUACAGUAUGUAUACCAAUGUUUGUGAUUGGUUAGAUGGUGCCAAUGCCACCACUCUCAUGUGAACAUGCAGUGGAAACCCUGGUUUAACUUAGUGAUUUGAUAACCAGCUUCAUGUGAGCACAUAUCCUCGUGGAAAAAGGGGACGUGAAUCCAGAUAACAGACAGAUAUCCUGGGUACAUUGAACUUGGAAGUAUUUUAGGAUUUUCGUAAACUGGAAACUCUUUUCUCUUAUCUUUCCCAUGGUCCCUUAAUGCAGGAUCAUUGUUACAGACUGUGACUGCUGUGAACAAACUGACAGAAAAAUAUUUAAAUGUUUGCUUACUGAUGGUCGUCCAGAGUGUGAGCACAGGUUCUGCUUACUGAAAACCCAUAAUGACUGUUUGCUUUUUUUUGUUGUUGUUGUUAUGUUGAUGUCUCCAGAGUGACUCUCCUCAUGUGAUAGUUUGUGUAACUACUGUUGUUUUUAAAGCAUAUUUUUCAUGUCUGCUGACCUACAGUUUAUGACUUGUGUCUCUUAUCUUAUUUGUCACUGUGCUGGAACAACGACACUGCAGAGGAUUAAAAAACGGUUGUUUUAUGAGUUUUAACUCUGCUGCUCCUCGUCCUGGAAUGUGGUAAAGCCUGAAAACACUCCCUCUGCUUUCUGCUCUCUCACAGCUGAUCCCUUCCCUUCACACACCUGACAAAAAUGAGAUCAAAUGAUGAGAAGGAAACAAAAUCAAAUGAAAGAGUGAACAAGAAACAAACAGCAUAGGUCAGAGUAUAGAAACUGUUAAAACCAUAAAGAAGUGAAAAUACUGCAUAUAUUAAACUCAGUGACUCUGGCAGAUAAUUACCUGAAAAUUGGUACAUUCGCUGACUGACAUUGGAUGACUUUGAAAAACAUGGAACCAUCAACAACUGCCAAUAAAACAUUUCACAUAAACUUAAUGUAGAAAAAUAAGGCAAAGGCGAGGAACAAACUUUAACUCCCAAGAGCUGAUCCUUAUCUCAGAAUAUUUAAAAAACCUGGUCGCCUUCAUUCCUCUUUCUCGUCACAGAAAGAAGAAUGAAAAUUUUAACGCAAUUAAACCAUUUGGAGUGCAGAAUGACUCAAGAUCCCUGAAAUGUCUCUGUCAACGCAUUUUGGGCAGUUUGUCCAAAGUUUGUCCAUUCUGCGCUCUAGAUGGGUUGAUUGCAUUAAAAUUUGUAAUCUCAUUAAUCGUGAUGAGGGUGUUAAUGUUGACAGCCCUAGUUUGUUGGUUUGUUUUUAUUUUGUUUUAUUUUGCGAGCAAGUUAUUAGAUCCCGCUCCAGCCAGCCAGAGAAUCCUCUGCCGUCCCCCCUUUAACGCGUUGAAGUUUACAACCCUACAACAAACACAAAAACUGAAGACAUUAUGAUAUAGACUUAUAAUUUGCACCGAUCUGCUUUCUGAAUUCUAUCACACACAUAUAAGCGAAAAGUGAGCGCGAGGGCCCUCAGUGAGCCUGCAGGGCACCAAGCAGGCAA